GCGGGCCAUCUCACCGCCCCUUAAAUUGUGUUAUUCCUCGCGACGACUAGCAGUGCUUGUUGUAGACAUUGACGAUAUCGCAACUUCUAGGUUGCCCUUCCCAGUGAAAAGCCUGCGAGGAAUUUCAUUCGGUCAAGGGUCGAAAUUCCCCUGAUCGCCGGGCCCUCUGCAAAAUGUUGUCCUUCUUGACUGGUUGUAUCCAACGCCAUUUCGGCGACGAUGAUGAAGAAAACGGCAGUCAGCCUUAUAAUCCCCCAAACCAAGGUCACGAACGGAAGGUUUUCGCUCACUAUGUGUUCGGCCUCACCGACGGGCACACAUACGAGGACUGGAACCAGGAGAUCCUCGCCGCCCACGCGGCGGGCAUCGACGGCUUCGCGCUCAACAUAGGGCCCAACGACCACUACACGAUGCCGCAGCUCCGCCAGGCCUACUCGGCGGCGUCAUCGCUGUUUGGGGGCCGGUUCGUGCUGUUCCUCUCGUUCGACAUGGCGGCCGGGGACUGGCCGGUGGAGCAGGUCGUCGCGUGCAUCAACGAGUUCAAGGGCUCGCCCGCCCAGUGCCGGGUCAACGGGCUGCCCUUUGUCUCGACGUUUGAGGGCCCGCAGUGGGCCGAGAACUGGCCGGCCGUCAGGGAGGCCACGGGCGGGAUCUACUUGGUGCCGGACUGGAGCUCUUUGGGGCCGCACGGUGUUGGGGAGCGGCUGAGUCUGAUUGAUGGGGCCUUCUCAUGGGCUGCUUGGCCGCAGGCAGACCAGCACCAUAUGUCGACCGACGAGGAUGUUCAGUACCAGAGGGCGCUUCGUGGAAAGUCGUUCAUGGCGGGGGUUUCCCCAUGGUUCUACACCAGAUUGCCCCAAUGGGAGAAAAACUGGCUCUCCGCAAGCGAGAAGCUCUGGUAUGACCGGUGGAUACACAUGCUUGAACUGAGGCCCGAGUUCGUCCAGAUUAUCACCUGGAACGACUACGGCGAAUCCAGCUAUAUCUACGACCCCGUCCGCCCGGGUCAGAUUGUCCCAGGUGCCGAGCACUAUGUGCACGACCUGUGCCCACAUACCGCAUUCCGGGCCAUUCUUCCUCAUUUCAUAGCCGCCUACAAGGCGGGUAGCACACAGAUCGGCAUGCCGCAGGAAGAUUGCGCCAUUGCGUGGUACCGAACCACCCCGGCUGCGUGUGGCCACGAUGGAGACACCGCUUGGGGCCAGGGCGGCGGCCGAUCAGCAAGUCACGGGGCCAGGGACGUCGUCUCUGUGCUGGCGGUCACAAGAGAACCGACCGCUCUUCACGUCAGCAUCGGUGGCCUGUCGCAGGAAUUCAUCACGCACCACCAGCAUGGGCAUUUGACGUUCCUCGAAGUGCCUUUCGACGGCCGUGUUGGUCCGGUCCAAUUGUUUAUGAGUGGCAAGUCGGUGACUGGGCCGGAGAUUCGGAAUGAGGUGCCUCCGUGUGGACAUAACACUUACAAUUGUACGGCGGUCAAUUUAUAGAUAGAUGGUGAGGUGGACAUGUGACGAGUAAGGUGAAAGUGCACUAGUAGAUACGAACUCGAUAGACUAAAACUUAUUGUUGAAUCGGUCUCGGUGCCGACUGCCCCGAUCGA